UCGAUAUGUUCGCCCCGGGGCGAUGGCUUCUCCCGCUGCUUUGGCUGAUCUGCUGGACCGAUGGUGCCCGAAUCCUGAUCAUAGCCCCCUUCGAGGGCCAUUCACAGUGCCUGCUGAUGACACCCUACAUACAGGCCCUUGUCGAUAGGGGUCACCAGUUGACGGUGAUUCAUGCAUUCCAGCAUUGCCAGCAUUCUAGCAUAGGAAAAACUACAUACAUACGCAUAACGGAUAAUAAUAAUGUAUAUUCAGAAUUCGAAGAGAUCCUGAUACAAUCUUUAACGGCAAAUAAAUGGAUAGAAAUGAAUUCCAUGACCAGACUCAUGAUUAAAGUAUCACUGAAUGUGCUUCAUAACUCUGAGGUUCGUCAGUUGGUCCAUUCAAACACCACUUUCGACCUUGUAGUUGUGGAACCCUCAUUCACCGAUUUGCUUUUCGGCUUGGCAGCUCAAUUCAACGCCCCCUUGAUUGGUCUCUCAACCUGCGGAGCGGAUUGGAAUCUGAACAGUCUAGUGGGUCAAUCCUCAUCCAUGAUUGUGGAGCCGUUAAUGCCCUUGGGGGCAAGAGCCGUGAAAAACCUGUGGGAUCGGAUGUACAAUUGGUACUACACCACCGAGGAGUGGCUGUUAAUGCAACUGGUUUUCCUUCCGAAACUGAAACAAGUCCACGAUCACUUCUUUGGCCACUUGGAACGGAGCUUCUUGGAGAUCCGACACGGCUUCUCCCUGAUGCUACUCAACAGUCACUUCAGUCUAUUUCGGGCCAGAUUGAGUGUUCCGGGAAUGGUAGAAGUGGCCGGAUUGCACAUCCCAAAAGAGGACCCAAAGCUACCCAAGGAUCUGCAAAAGUUCAUCGAUGAGGCGAAGCAUGGUGUGAUCUACUUUGCCUUAGGUGUGGAAAUGCAGAGCAGGGAUUUGCCAAAAGAAACGCAGAAAAUGUUUCUGGAAACGUUUAUGCAACUGCCGCAGCGAGUGAUUUGGAAAUUUGAAGGUGAGCCACCAUGUGAGGUAGCCGGUAAUAUCUUCCUGGCGGAGCUGUUGCCACAACAGGCCAUCCUGGCCCAUCCGAAUGUGAAGGUCUUCAUUAGCCAUGGGGGCAUGAUGAGCACCAUUGAGGCAGCCUACUAUGGAAAACCUGUGCUGGGCAUGCCUGUGUUCUUCGAUCAAUUCAGAAACUUAGAACUCUUGCUGGAGGACGGUGCUGCCCUCCAGGUGAGCAUUAACAGCCUGACUGCCAAGGACUUCAUGGAGGCUUUGGAUAGUUUGAUAAACGUGCCAAGUUACCGAGAAAAUUCGUUGGCCAUAUCGAAAAGAUUCCGGGAUCAGCCCAUGCAUCCCAUGGAUGUGGCCAUUUACUGGACGGAGUAUAUCAUACGCUAUAGGGGAGCAAAUCAUUUAAGAGUUUGUCCCUCCCAUAUAAGGCUGGUAGAAUAUUAUGCCGUGGACAAAUUCCUGAUGGUGGGAAUCCGACUAUCCCUGGUUGUGGUCAUUGUUUUCAUGGCUCUUUCCAAGUGGAGGUGCCUCCUGGCCCAUUUGGUCCUUGUGGCGGAGCGGUUUUGGCCCAUUUAUAUAGUGAUAAGUUGCAUAGUUAAAAUAUGUAAGUAUUUAAGUUUAAAGUUUAAUUUUUAAAUAGGUUUGUUUAUACAUUUAUAUGGAAAUAGGAGUAUGUUGGUUUAACUGCGUAAUAAUACAUUAGUGGUUAGUGCUAGAGGUUAAAUAUCUACAAUGUUGUCUGUUAAGAACAACAAUAAUUCAAAAUUUAUGCAAGUAGAGUAAGACUUCUGCAACUUUGGGAUAAAGUUUUAAGUGAGUUAUGAAAUUUAAAAAUUGUACUAAACAAUAAGUGGUAUCCUAUUAUUAGAGUGAUUUCUAUAAAAUUGAAAUAUCUUUUGUUGUUUUUUCGCUUGAUUAUAGCUGCAAAAAUGAAUGAUAAGCUUUAUCUAAUCUUAAUUAUACCCUUUAUUUAUGAUGAUUAAAAGUGUUUCCAGGUUUAUAUUUGGAAUCGAUUAAGUGCUUUUGUCUAGGCACCGUCAGACAAACAUACAUUUUUUCUGUAGUCCUGCAUUAAUUUCAAUUUUUAAUUUGUU